AGCCAGCAGUAGCUAAAACCAUCGCAUCAGCAGUCUAAAACUGACACCCAAUUCCUUCACCAGUAUAUUAAAGUUCUAUGGAUCAGUCUCGCUCUCCAAAGGGCCAUCAUCAUGAUGAAGAUACUGAGAAGAACCUCAGCAGCCCAACAAAAUCUUCCAGAGGUGGCUGGAGUGCUGCCAUUUUCAUCAUCUUUGUUGAAAUUGCAGAGAGAUUUGUUUACUAUGGCUUGGCUGGUAACCUCAUCACCUACCUCACAAAUGAACUGCAUGAACCAGUUCCAACAGCUGCCAAGAACGUCAACACUUGGGGUGGUGUCUCAGCUCUUCUCCCUAUUCUCGGAGCCUUCAUCGCUGAUUCCUAUCUCGGUCGAUUCAAUACCAUCCUUGUCUCCUCCAUCAUUUACUGCAUGGCAAUGAGUCUGUUAACCGUAACGGUUUCAUCAGUUAUUCCACUGCAUCUGCGGAAAUCAAUUUUCUUUGUGGCGCUUUACCUACUGUCAGUAGGACUGUCAGGACAUAAACCAUGUGUGCAGACAUUCGCGGCCGACCAGUUUUCCGAAGAGUCGGCAGAGGAGAGAAAGGCGAAGAGCUCCUUCUUUAACUGGUGGUACUUGGGAAUUGUAGUUGGUGGCUCUACUGCCGUUUUGGUAGUCGUAUAUAUCCAGGACAAUGUAAGCUGGACGGCAGGGUUUGGAAUAUUGACGGUUUCCAUUGUGGUGGCGUUAAUUAUCUUUCUGCUGGGAACCAAGAAAUACCUAAAGCAAGGACCCUUAGGCAGUCCCUUCACCAAGGUGGCUCAGGUGUUUGUUGCCGCCGUUAAGAAGCGGCAUACCAAGGUCUCACCUGGUGACGAUUUAGGUCAGUAUCUCAGAGAUGACAAGAGUCAGCAACAGCCACAUACGGCGUUGGUGCAUACCAACCAAUUCAGAUUUCUGGACAAAGCAAUGGUGAUUGACCACCUGGAUGUUUCAAGCGGGACCAGAAAUCCUUGGAGAUUAUGUUCACUAACCCAAGUGGAACAAGUGAAGCUCCUCCUACGCCUCCUUCCCGUUUGGAUGUGCUGCUUAAUGUUUGCUGUAGUCCAAUCCUUUGUGCAGACCUUCUUCACCAAGCAAGGAAGCACAAUGAUCCGAUCAAUCGGCUCAUUGAAACUUCCCCAGGCUUCGCUCCAAGUCUUUCUUGGCCUCACCAUUAUGAUAACCAUUCCAAUCUACGACCGUAUUUUUGUCCCUCUUGCCCGAAAAUUCACCAGACAUUCAUCAGGAAUCACAAUCCUACAGCGAAUCGGCACUGGCCUAUUAAUCUCCAUCAUCAGCAUGGUUGUUGCAGGCGUAGUAGAGGCCAAAAGGGUUCGGAUUGCAAGAGAUCACAACCUCCUGGACAACCCUCAAGCAAUAGUACCGAUGACAGUGUGGUGGUUAAUUCCUCAGUACAUGAUAUGUGGUUUGUCUGAUGCAUUUGCAUUUGUUGGAAUACAAGAAUUAUUCUAUGAUCAAAUGCCAGAGGCAAUGAGAAGCUUGGGAGCAGCAUUUUACCUCAGUGUUGCCGGGGUUGGAUUGUUCGUCAGCAGUGGGAUAAUAACUUUGGUGCAAGUGAUCAGCUCAAAAGGUGGUGAAAAAUGGAUUGGUAACAAUAUCAAUCGUGCUCAUCUGGAUUACUUUUACUGGGUAAUUGCAGGACUGAGCGCGUUGAAUUUCUGCUUGUAUUUGUGGAUUUCUAGUGGAUUUGUGUACAAAAAAAUCGAAGCAGACGAAUGCAAUAUGGAGAAAGAGCUGAAUUGAUAUGUAUCAUGUAUGCAUGAUCAAGAGCUGAACGAUUCUAUACCCCUACGUACGUACGUGUCUAAUAUCUUGUACAAUAUUAAUUGUAAUCUAAACUUAUUACCAGUUUGACGAAAGAAGGUCUUGGUGAUAUUAUGUGAAACUGUGAAAGCUGGGCUAUUGAACAAU